UUCUCUUCUCCCACAGUUUCCGCGACGAAACCAAAAAUCGAAUCCAUCUAAUGUCCACUCCCUCCCCCUCCCCCUCCCCCUCCGUCUCUCUCCCCGCCGCAUCGGAAACUCCGAUGACACAAUCCAACACAGUCAAAACUCCGUCUUCACAGCCGUCGUACAGAGCCAUAGCUCCGCUCCAUCGUAUACCUCCUCAACAGAGCAUCCACCCGAAUCCCUUCCCUGUCAGGAGAUCGAAUCCCGUCGCCGGCUCGCCUCAUCAGCCUCUCCAAGACCACCACCCUUCAGCUCUUCCUUUCCCGGGCCGAGGGUUACCGACCCGACCCGGAAGACAGAGUCCGAGCACCGUCGCGGAUCGAGCUGGUGGUGGUCCUUGCGGGUAUCGAAACGGACAGGGUUUGGAUCCAAUGAGUCGUCAGUUCGUGAGAGCUCAGAUCCAACCAGCUUCUCAUCUCGGGUCGGGUCUCAUGAAUGGUGUUCCUUACUUUUUGCAACCUCGGGUUGCUCAUCCUCCUCCUACUUCAAUUCUAGACAAUGGUGGGAGGCGUAAAGACGCUAGAAGCAGAAACGACGUCCUGGUCCUUAUAAGAAAACGAAAGGUUAGAUUUACAGAGAAAGCUUCUCUGUAUUCACUUUGUAGGUCGUGGUUGAGAAAUGGUGCUCAUGAGGGUGGUGUUCAGAAGCAGCAAAGCGAUGCAAAUACAAUGACAUGUUUGCCAAAGCCUUUGCUUGCAUCGGAUGUGGUGGAGACAAGUUUGCCAAAAGAUGAACCAAAUCGUGUACAAGACAAAGAGGACGAGGACUCUGUGAAACAGUUGUCUGAUUCUGAUCUUUUGAAAAGACAUGUGGACCGCGCUAAGAAAGUCCGAGCUCGGCUAAGAGAAGAACGGUUGAAGAGGAUUGGGAGGUACAAGGCAAGAUUAGCUCUUCUUCUGCCACCAUUUGGAGAGCAAUGAAGGAACGAGUAGAGGUUUAAAGGCUUGGGACUUUGAAGGAAAUGUUUCUUGGACAUUAGCCAAUCACAAACAUAAUCAAAAAGAAUAAGUGUUGAAGUGGAAUGUAGUGGCUCAUGGAGUGUUUCUUGGAUUGUCAAUAUGUCAAAAGGCAUUGUUUCAUACAAGCCUGUGUGUUUUCUCCAGAUUAUAUUGAUCGGUCAUAUAAGCUAAGAAACCGUUAUAGGAUCAUUUAUAAUUUAAUUUUCCUGUGGUUA